ACACCUGCCAUAACAAUGUUUUCACUAGUUAUCGAGGCACGCGGUGACUCGCCGCCCACUAGAUGGGCCCCUGAAAAUGCCGUCGUGAAGACGACCAGGAGCCACACCGGUGUGAGCGGCUCAGGGGUGUCGAGAGGUGUACGCCGCUUUCUACCCAGUGGCUGAUAACAGCCACUGUGCCAACUCGCGUCUUAUGCAAGUUUUCACUUCCACCCCUGGAGCAUUUAGCUCUAACGACUCCUCUCUGGACAGCCAAUGAAGGCAAGCCAGUGCUGAGAGUCCUGCGGGUCCCCUUGGAGUCCACUCCGACCGACGAAGACACGCUGGAGACGGAGACCCUGACCGACUCUUGGGAGUACUCGGGUCCGUGGGGUCGUUACUCCCUGCCCUGCGGAUUAUUAUUUAUUUAUUAUUAUUAGACGAAACUUUGUCAUUGUUAACAUUAAUAUUUUAUUUUGCCUUUUAUAGUUCUUGAUGCAGGCAUCAGACUUCCGAGAGGUAUUUUGCAAGGAAACUUUGUGGACCUCGGCUACUACCAUCAGUGUCUAGCAAUCAGUGAAAACUUUGAGCCAUCAGACAUAGAGGGCAAGUAUUGUAUGAUAAAUAUUCCAAUGGUUCAAGAUGAGUUAAACUUACCACUUCUGCCAGAAUGGCAAGAAGAAGGUUCAAGAUGGUCCAUGAAAGGGCCCAAGCUUCCUUCGCUAGAACUUUUUUCAAUUACAAGACCACAUAGUGACAUGUUCAGAAAUCUACAAAAGGUGCGAACAGAAGCAGAAAAAUACAGUCGUAUGACUGGACCUGAUAAGGAUUUAAUGAGGGUAUCAGAAGACAGCGCGCUGGCUGAUGGAGUGUUCAAACUGGCAGUAUGCCUUCCUACGGUUUGCUCACCUAAGCAAUUCAUCGACACCGUUUUCAUAAACACCACUAGCGUGGGUUUCAAAUUCACGGAAGAAUUUUGCAGACUGAGAAAUGAUAAACCGUUUGCACCCGUUGAUUAUGCUGCUAUGGGAGUUUUUGGCUUCAUAAUCCUUAUUACUGUCGUUUCGACGCUCUAUGAUAUAUAUUUCACCGCGAUAUGUACGGAAGGUUCAAAAAAAGCCAAUACUCUGGGAAAAUCGUUCUCUCUCUACACGAACACUCGCCGUUUGCUCACAUUCAACUCUGGCCCUGGAACUCUAGAGAGCCUGGAUGGAAUCAGAUCCAUAUCCAUGAUGUGGAUCAUCAUAGGCCACACUUAUGGUACCAAUCGGAGAUCACACUUUUUUAAUCCAUUAGACAUGUUCAGGUGGAUGGUGUCAUUCUCGUCAAUUUGGAUCGUGGCAUCUCCCAUCUCAGUGGACACCUUCUUCCUGCUAAGUGGACUGCUGAUUGUGUAUACCACUGUUGGGAAGAUAAGUCCGAAGGGUCUGUUUAAAAAAAUCCAUAUGUUCUAUCUUCAUCGUUUAUUGCGAAUGUUUCCCAUUUUGGCAACCGGCGUGUUCCUUCAAGCGUCGUUAUUCAACCAUCUCUCUGACGGCCCGGAGUGGCGCAUCGUAGUUGAUAAAGUGGAACGGUGUAGGACAUACUGGUGGGCUACCCUCACUUACGUGCAGAAUUAUAUGACGGAUGAACAAUGUAUAGGCCCUAGUUGGUACCUCGCUGUUGACAUGCAGCUGCAUAUACUCUCACCUUUAAUUUUAUUCUGGGUGCUUGGCACCAGAAGGUCGGCAUGGAUUGCAUUAACUGUCGUCAUGUUGGUCGUCAUGGUGGUAUCGACGACGUAUAACUAUUUAAACAAGUUCCAGGCCACAUGGUUUGUACCAACGCGAUCACAAGAAGAUUCCAUCUACUAUAUACGAUACUAUUAUCACAACACUCUGACGAGAUGCUCACCUUUCUUCGUUGGCAUGUUUUUUGGCUAUCUUCUUAAUAUGUUUAAAAACAAAGAAGUUCACAUGGCUAGAUGGUUUGUAGCAUUAUGCUGGUCCUGCGCCUUCGUGGUUUCCGCUGGCAUUAUCUACUCCUCAUACCCCGUUCUUCAGAUGGAUUGGGACAGCCCCUUUUGGGACGGCAUCAUUAACUCCUUUGCCAGACCCGGGUGGGCUGUGUGUGUUGGCUGGAUGAUAUUUGCAUGUACACACGGUUAUGGAGGUCCUGUCAACUGGUUCCUGUCGCUUCGUAUGUGGAAGCUGCCGUCUCGGCUUUCCUACGCGAUGUACAUCUUCCACUAUUCCAUAAUGGUCAUUGUCAAUAGUACUUCGAUGUCGGCGAGUCACUUCUCCGUUGAACGCUUUUUCUACCGAUUCUUAGCUGACUUCGUUUCGGCGUUUAUAAUCGCUUUCAUAGCGACCGUGCUGAUAGACUCACCUUUCUCUACACUUAUAAAGCUGGCGAUAGGAGGAAGUGAGUUGUUUUUUAUUAUUUUGGCAGGGCCAGGGCCGGGUUUCCGCCUAGGCGCACAAGGCCCAGGCCCAACCAACCUAACAAUGGUUUUGAGAUGGAAAAGAGGGCCCCCCAAAAUUCCAAUGGCGUCAUUCAUAAAGGCAUUACAAGCCUGGCCGCAUAGCCAACGUUACAAUCGUUAACGCUCCGUAGCGUAGCGUAGUC